AUGAAGAUCAUAGUUGGCGAUUUCAAUGCAAAGAUUGGCAAAGAUGAAUGUUACAAGCAAUAUACUGGAAAGCACAGUCUGCAUGCUGAAUCUAGUGAUAAUGGAGUGAGACUAAUCAAUUUUGCUGCGUCGAAAAACUUGGUUGUAGGAAGCACAAUGUUCCAGCGGAAGGACAUUCACAAAGCUACAUGGCACUCACCUGACGGGAGCACAAACAAUCAAAUUGACCAUCUCUUGAUAGAUUCAAGACACUACUCCAAUCUCAUGGGUGUCAGGACUUAUAGAGGAGCUAAUGUGGACUCAGACCAUUAUCUGGUAGGGGCAGUUGUAAGAGCCAGAAUAGCUAAAACAAGGGAAAUACAUCCAAGUAAUUCUAAGAGGUUUGAGCUGAAAGCACUUGAAAAUCCACAAAAGGUUGAAGAAUUCCAGACAAUUAUAACCAAUAAGCUUCUUGAAGGAAAUGAACAAGCAUUGUCAGAAAGGUGGAACAAGUGUUCAGAAGCUAUCACGGAUGCAGCUCAGAGGGUGCUGGGUGAUCAAAGAAAGGAGGUGAAAAAGAUUUGGUUUGAUGAGGCGUGUAGAGAGGCCACAAGAAAGAAGAAUGAAGCAUACAAGGCAUUGCAACAGAGGACCAGAACUAGACAAGGAAUGGAAAGGUCUACAGCAUCUAUGAAGGACGCUUAUGGAAGGCUUGAGGAGGCUGCAAAAAGAAUAGGUCUUCUCAUUAAUGAGAAGAAAUCCAAAGUGAUGGUGGCUGGUGGCUCGGGGGCAUUAGGCACGCAUGAACGGGAAGCACUCAUUGAAAUUAAUGGAAAGCAUUUUGAGAUUGUGGAAGAGUUUAUAUAUCUAGGAUCUUCUAUAAAUGCCAAAAAUGAUACAAGCAGAGAGAGCCAAACUCUGAGUAGAAAGACCAAGCUGAUGCUCUACCAGACUAUCAUUUUGCCUGUUCUGUUAUACGGUAGUGAGACAUGGGCGCAAACACUAGCAGAUGAAAAAAUGCUUGGCGUGUUUGAGAGGAAAAUCCUGAGGAGGAUCUUUGGGGGUGUACAGGAAUCGGGAGCCUGGCGCCGGCGACACAAUGAAGAGUUGUACAGGUUGUACCAGCACGCAGAUGUGGUAACCUUGAUGUGA